CUCGCUCCCAUGUGCCAAUAUAGUGCUGAUGAUGGCCACAUGACACCCUGGCACGUCGCCCACUACGGUGGAAUCGCCCAGCGCGGCCCUGGACUGAUGAUCAUCGAGGCGACUGGCGUUCUCCCCGAGGGCCGCAUCACACCCGGCUGUGUCGGUCUGUGGAAGGACUCGCAGAUCGCAACCCUCAAGCAGAUUGUUGAAUUCGCCCACAGUCAGGGCCAGAAGAUCGGUAUCCAGCUCGCCCAUGCGGGUCGGAAGGCCUCCACCGUCGCGCCCUGGCUGGGUGGUGUCACCGCUACCAACGCCGUCGGUGGAUGGGUGGAUAACGUCAAGGCCCCCAGCGCGAUCCCCUUCGGCCCUACCGACAUCGUCCCCAAGGCCAUGACCGCAGACGACAUCCAGGAACUCAAAGACGCCUGGGUUGCUGCCACCAAGCGGGCCCUCGCUGCCGGUGUCGACUUUAUCGAGAUCCACAACGCCCACGGCUACCUCCUUUCGUCGUUCCUCUCUCCCUCCUCCAACCACCGCACCGACCAAUACGGCGGCAGCUUCGAGAACCGCAUUCGCCUCUCCCUCGAAGUCGCCCAGUUAACCCGCGACACCGUCGGCCCUAACCUCCCCGUCUUCCUGCGCGUCUCCGCCACCGACUGGCUGGACAGCCCAACCGAGCACGGCUGGAAAUCCGAAGACACGGUCGAGUUCGCCCGCGCCCUCGCCGCCCAGGGCGCAAUCGACCUCAUCGACAUCAGCACCGGUGGCGUCCACAGCUCCCAAAAGGUCAAAGCCGGCCCUGCCUUCCAGGUUCCCUUCGCGGCGGCCGUUAAAAAGGCCGUCGGCGAUAAGCUCCUCGUCGCUGCAGUCGGCAUGAUCAACCACGGUGAUCUGGCUGACAAGAUCCUCACCGAGAACGACCUCGAUGUUAUUCUUGUUGGACGGGCGUUCCAGCGUGAUACCGGUCUUGCCUGGCACUUUGCCAAGGACUUGGAUGUGGAGAUUUCCAUGGCUGCACAGAUUCGGUGGGGGUUUACCAGCUUCCGGAAUGCGUCGGAGUAUAUUCAGCCUAACUCGAUGAAGGCGUCGAUUUUUGAUUAGAUUGUUUUCUUUCAUCAUGCAUUGACUAAAGCAAUUAUUAUAGAAUUAUAGGGAGAGAUAGAGAUAGACCCUCAGCAUAAUUAAUUUUUUUGCUCGUUCAAAACUACAUUUUAAUACUAGAA